AUGGCCCCAUCCGCCGAGGAAGCGACAGCCGCAGUUGCUAGCGGGCCAGAUGCAACGGUUGUCUCGUCUGGUCUCGCUAGUAUCGGGCCGCCCAAAUUUGCCGACCCUCAUGAGGAGCGACAGUAUUUGAAGGGCAGACUCGCUUUGGCGUUCCGUAUUUUCGCGAAGCUUGGUUUCGAUGAAGGUGUUGCCGGCCAUAUCACGGUCAGGGAUCCCGUUGAACCAACCAGCUUUUGGGUGAACCCGUUCGGUGUCGCAUGGCCUCUGCUGAAGGCGUCGGAUCUCAUUCGCGUAAACUCCAAGGGCGAAGUUGUCGAAGGUGGUCCAGUCAGACUGCUAAACAAUGCAGGUGAGUACAUUGCACUUCCUCGCCAUUUACGGCCUCGCUCCACCCAGCCUAAUCUCCUCCGUAAAGCCUACAUGAUUCAUCACGCGGUCCACGAGGCCCGGCCCGAGAUUAACUGCGUUGCUCAUUCGCACUCCGUCCACGGGAGGGCAUUCUCCACUCUCGGCCGGUCCAUCGAUAUCAUUACCCAGGACUCGUGUGCGUUUUACAAUGACCUCGCCUUCUAUAAUUCCUUCGGUGGGAUUGUCCUCGGCGCCGAAGAGGGUGUCCGCAUCGCUGGGGCCUUGGGGAACAAGAAAGCCGCUAUUCUGGCCAAUCACGGUCUUCUCACAGCUGGGAAAUCUAUCGAGAGCACCGUCUUCUGGUUUAUGAGCCUUGAGACUUGUUGCCGUGUUCAACUUCUUGCCGACGCUGCUGCUGCCGGUCGGGGAGGGAAAGUUGUGAAAAUUGAGGAUGAGGAGGCAGCGUAUACGUAUAAGGCGGUCGGCAGUGAGCUCGCAGGUUGGUUCUCUGCCCAGCCAACGUUUAAGCUUAUGGAGCUUGAGAGUGGAGAAGAUUAUACCUCCUGA